ACCGCCGGCUGGAGCAGCAAUCCGCAUGCGCCAAACCCGGCACCUGAGAGCCUGCCCUCGCCAGGGCGUCGUCAGGCGUCCGGUCUCCUAGCAACGACGCCUCGAGUAGCUCUUUCCAUCCGUCCGCACCGCUAUCUACCUACAAUCCCCCUGUAGGCGGCCUGGAAAGCCCCUAUACACCCCUCAAAUUCCAGAUCCUCCACUUCGAUUUACUUUCGUCUUCUGCCCCACCCCAACAGUUAGCUCUGAACCAACCCCUUUCCAUUAUCCCCCAAUUCUCUGAGCUUCUCUCUCCUCAUACCAUCCUGGGUUCUUCCAUUCUCAGGGGCUGUCCAAGCCGCUCUACUUUUCGUUCCAAUCGCUCCGCAAGCCAGCAACUUUUAGAUCAUGCCUGGAGCUAAACUUGCCCAGAGUCCAGAGGAAGUCAAUGGCGUGUGCAUUACUGAAGCCCUCAUCACUAGGCGGAACUUGGCCUUCCCUGAGGAUAAGGAUCUGUCAGAGAAGAUGUUCCACACGCUUGCUGAACUGCAGACUGUUCGCCUGGACCGAGAGGGAAUUACCACUAUCAGGAACUUAGAGGGCCUCCAGAAUCUUCACAGCCUCUAUCUGCAAGGGAACAAGAUUCAGCGAAUUGAGAACCUGGCCUGCGUCCCCUCCUUACGCUUCCUGUCUCUGGCAGGAAACCAAAUUAGGCAAGUGGAAAACCUCCGUGACCUCCCCCACCUCCAGUUUCUGGACCUUUCUGAGAACCUGAUAGAAACACUCAAGCUGGAUGAAUUCCCCGAGAGCCUUCUCAUCCUCAACCUGACUGGAAACAGCUGCACCAACCAGGAUGGCUACAGGAAGCUGUUGACAGAAGCCCUGCCACUGCUCCUAGACCUGGACGGGCAGCCUGUGGCAGAGCGCUGGACCUCGGAUGAGGAGGAUACAGCCUUGAGUGAUGAGGAUGAGGAGUUCCCAGAGCUGAGAGGCCCAUUCUGCUCAGAACGAGGCUUCCUCAAGGAGCUGGAGCAGGAAAUGAGCAAGCACCGGGAGCUCAGGCAGCAGACAGCCCUGCUGGAGCACCAGCUGAGGGUGGAGACGCAGCCCACCCUCACAGACCUGCCCCCGCUGCCGGGGGCGCCCAUGGCUGGGGACAGCAGCCCUUCCGUCACUCCCACGCAAGAGAAAGAGACACCCCCAGAGCCUGCUUCCUCGCCACAGGCCUCCUCUACCACCAAGAGACUGUGCCCUCUGGCUCCCAGGGGCCAGCAAAGCACUGUUCAGGCAAGGAAGGGGGCCAGAGUAGCCGCAGCCCCCAGGGCCUCUCUGGCUGGGGGCCCCAGCACAACCAAAACUGUGACCAAAAGAAUCAAGAAGUGAAAUGCAGCCCACUGCUAUCAGCAAAGCCCCAGGCACAUGGAGGAACGAGGAGUGGGCCUCUCCUCGGCCUGAGAGCCCUGGCCUGUGGCAGGAGCCUGUCCCCAAUAAAGCAUCUCUAGGCCCUG